AUAUAUAUGCACGGUUUUUUAGGCCAUGGAGAGUGAGGUCAACGUCUGUUACAAAGAACUGUGCGGGCCAAAACCGGGCUACCAACUCCUCACCAACCAGUUGCAACGCCUUUGCGUCGUCCUGGAUUUGUACCUGGAGACUGAGACACACGACAAUAGUGUGGAAGGUCCCAAGGAAUUUCCACAGGAGAAAAUGUGCCUCCGUUUGGCCAGGGGACCCAGCCGGUUAAAACCCUUCAAAUACAACUACUCCCAAGGCUUCUUCAGCCAUCGCUGAGCCCAGCCGCAGCCGCUGGGAAUCCUACUUAGGCCACACUUCCCAAGCGAAGGGAAUUGUUUUGGGUCUGGAGCUGAUGCGUUUCUGAUGGAUUUCGGAACUUUUGUCCUGCUGAAGCAGCGCCAGAGAAGACAGCCAAGCGGUUAUCAUUCCUCCAUCUCUUGUGGAAAUCGUUCCGAAGGAAUUAAAAUUGAGUAAAGGGCA